AGCAAGAGCUGCUAAGGCCCUGUGGCUCAAAAGGAUUCCCCACCUGGCUGGACACAUAGAGGCUAUGGUACCCAGAGCAGGAUCUCCAAGUCUGACUCUGCAUUCAGAGGUUUGCCUGCUCAAAAACAACUGAACAAAGGCAGAAGCCGCACUGAGCCCUCCGAAGGCUGGGGAAAGGAGGAGGAAAGCAUACGUACUCAGAUCCAGGCCUUAAGACAGACAACACGGAGGCCGUUUCCUUCCAAAAUAUAUCAUUAAAUCAUCGUGUUCUUUUCCUUUAGCCUGGGAUGAGUGGGGGGAGGGGAUAUUCAUGGAGAUCACUCCUCACAGAAAAUUAAAUUAUUCUAAAUAUAAAAGCGUAUCUCUUGGUUCAGCAGUUUUUUCCAAAUCUAUCCCGUUUGCUAUUUGACACAAAUACAAAGACUCUAAUGUCUCCUUCCAUAGCCUGGGUUCCCGCAGAGAUUUGGAACCACUAAGAAAUUUGUAAGAAAAAAAAAAUGCUGAAGAGAAAGGACGCUAAAAUCUGAGUGCUCAACAUUUCCUUCAGAAAGACAAAUGCGUGCUCUGAAAUGCUACAGUCCAAGCGGGCCUCUUGACUAAGAAAACGGUUUUAAAAAGAGAAAAAAACCAGCUUCGUCUGUCAUUCAAUCAGUUGCGAACUCAGAGGGCGGCGGGGGACGGGGGACGCUUUUAAGGCCUGGGGGUUCUCCCCCAGGGAGGCGGGCUGGGGAGGCUUCCGGGAUGCCGGCGGGUGGAAGAGAAAUCCGGAAUCGUUGUAAAUAUUCAUGUGGGGGGGAUGCCCCUUUACCCGCCUCUCCCAGCUGCAUUCCCCCCUCAGUGAUAGUGGGGGAGGGCAAGGCGACUGCCCCACUGUCCUUAGACAAAGGUGAUCUCCUCAUAUUUUUGUUCUCCCGUCGCUUGACUUAAGGAGUCCAUUCCGAAGACUCUGCAGGGAAGGAACUGGCUCUGGGUGUUUUCCCUGCGUUUCUCUUCUUUCGUUUCUUAAAAGAGCAUAAAUAAUUAAAGUUUGGCAGGGAGGAAAAGCUUCCUUGCAGAACUGUAGUGGCAAUAAAUGAAAUGACUCAGAAUCCCUUCCCCAGUCAGCUUUUACGAGAGCUGCCAGACAGUGUCUGUUCACGUUCUCCAGAUACCAGGGGCGCCCUGACAAAGUUAAGGUCAAGUUAGUGUCUUAUCUUGGGUGGCUCAAAAUCACCGCAUCGCGUCCCGUCGCUGUGCGGAAAGCUCUUCCUCGCAGAGCUGCUGGCUGCGCCCCGAAGGCCUGGUGCGCUCCCUGCGUUUCGGGUGGGGCCGCGCAGACAAGGACAAGGCCACAGAGCCGGGGUCUUCACGUGGCCCCCCAGCGGUCCCGGAAAAAGCGCUGUCCCUAUACCAAGUACCAGAUCCGCGAACUGGAACGCGAGUUUUUCUUUAACGUGUACAUAAACAAAGAGAAAAGACUUCAACUCUCUCGGAUGCUCAACCUCACUGACCGGCAAGUCAAAAUCUGGUUCCAGAAUCGCAGGAUGAAAGAAAAGAAACUGAACAGAGACCGUCUGCAGUAUUUCACUGGAAACCCCUUAUUUUGAGAGCUCCAGGAAGCGCCCCCUCCCCAGCCCCACUCACCCACCCUCCUUCCCACCAGCCUGCCCUCCGCAGGCCCAAUGUCCUUGGGUUUAAUGACGUCUCUUCUCUGUGGAACUUCACGAUUCCUUCCCACGGUCAACUCGGGACCUCCCAGCGACCACUGCAGCCUGCGGACGAGGCCGGAACUUGGCCGAGCGGAUCCUAAUAAGGGGAAAAUGGUAAAUGCAAACGUCCCUUUACAAUUUUACCGCCAAUGUGCUGUCGUUCCCCCUCCCCCUCUCCGAGUCCUCGUGGGGACGCGGCGGGGUCUGUAGGAAGUUAGGCCGGGUUGGGUGUGCUAGAAGGCGCUGGUGUUUUGCUCUGAGUUUUAAGAGAUCCCUUCCUUCCUCUUCGGUGAAUGCAGAUUAUUUAAACUUUGGGAAAUGUACCUUUAGUCUGUCAUAUCAAGGCAUGAGUCACUGUCUUUUUUUUUUUUUUUUUGGUGCGAAUAAAUGGUUUCUAGUAAAAUGGAGGUUACAGCUUCAAUACACUGUAUGAAUUCUCCUCUUCGAGGUUUAGUGCCUCAUUAGGAUAUUUUAGUGGCCAGAACCCAUGCAACUGAAAAUCAAAUGAAAUACUUUUUAGUCCCACUAAAAUAGUAGUCAUUCCCUCCCACCACCUCUAGGUUACUGGUUUUAAAAAUCAUGUUAGUGAUGAAUUUCUGAAUUGACGAUGUGACCAAGAAAUGCUGGCGCUGCCUUCUCCAGACAGUAAGGCUGGGGCAGCAGAAACCUAAGAAGCAAACUCCCACCCCUACCCCUAGUCUAAUGUACUUGGGAUUUCUGAAAAGACAACAACCAUUUUUAAAAACUGGUUAGAAAAUCCAAAUGAUCUCUUACAAGCUAACAAGGAGCCACAGUCCCUUAAAAGAAGAAACCAAAAUUAGAACCUUUCAUUGAAGGGAGAAGUUUUCGAAAAGGAAGUCAUCAGUAGGUGAAGAGGGCUUGCUGGUAUCAUCAGUGGAUCUGAAGCAGGGAAGGUAAACCCUCCCCGCCCCCACUGAAAUAGGGCCAGGAGCUGCAGACCCUCUCGUGGCAUUUAUCGCUUCAAGUUAAAGAAUGUGGUGAGGGCUGUACUGCACUUUAUGUUGCAGGGCCAGGCAGGCUGUUUACAAAACCUUGAACUGUCUAGACAACACCAUAAAAGCCAAAGUUCUAAACAGCUUAAUUGGGUUAUAUUAUACACCUUCUGGUGGACCCAAAAGAGAUUUCCGCAAUGUGCAAUAAACUGGAGGAGUGAGAAAAGCUUCUCUCUCUCUGAAAAAAGUGAAGUGAAUCUUAUGACUCUUAACCUCUCCUAAGCCCAAAGACAAAAUAUAAAUCUGUAAAUGCACGGUAUCCCAUGCAUCUUCCAAGGAGUCAUGCAUUUCAAAAUGCAAUUUUAAAAAUUGCUAAGCCUUAUUUGGGAAGGAAAAAAUAAGUGCAUAAAUGUAUGCCUUUGAACUUCCGAAAUGUCAAGGUCAUCACCUUUAACCUUUCUGAAUAAUUAGGCGCCUUAAGGUUCUUCUUGAUUUUCAGCUGCCACCCACUCUCACACAUACAUGCUCACACAUAGCCAGAGCCACACACACACUUAUGACCACACAAAAUCAUACCAGGAGCUCACCAUAAAUCUAAGAAAAUUCCUAAUUUCAGGAUCAAUAACCUUAAUUUCCCUGCAAAGUUUGUGUAAUGCAAUAGCAGUCAACUUCUUUUUAAAAAUACUGAUUAGAUUAAAAUGCCUGCUAGCUGCUUUCACUACAGCUAGGAAAGGCUGAGAAUUUUGGCGGGGGGUCUUAAAUAGUGAUCUCCUUUGCUUUAAUGAAGAACUGCAGUUUUAAAAUCAAGCAUUUGAAAGAGGGAGUUCUCUGCACCCUACACCUUCAUUAAAUUUGAAAGCAACUUGCCACCCUGUGAAAUAAAUUAUUGCACUUUCUAUAAUAAGGAACAAAAGGAAAUAUAAUUAUAUUGCUUUUAAAAGCAUCCUUUGGUGAAAGAUGCAAUGAAAACAAAGCCUACAAUCGAAAAAUUUCGUUAAGAAGGGGAUUCCUUUGUUUGAGAUUCUAGAUAUCGGUUAAAAUGUCAGUGCCACAAUAGUAUGAUCGUUACAUGAGCUUAAAACUGUUUUUUUGUUUCUUUCUGCUUCCAUCUAUUUUUUAAAAACUUCAUCUAAACACAGCAAGCUUGUGUGCCCACCACCCAAGGCAAGCCGAACGCGAGAUACCAUUUCCCGUUUGCAGGGGCCUGGAGAUCCACACGAGGGCGCGCUCACGUUCCAGAAACCGCGUUUGACCAAGAGGCCGCGGUACCUUAUCUGUCCAAUACUGGAUUCUAAUAGGCGACCUCAACCCCUAACAAACAGGCGGCAGCUAAGGUGUUUGCUAGUUUAUUUGUUCUAAGCAGCCAUGAGGUGUGAGAAGCUGUAUAGAGACAGAAAACGGAGCAACUAGAUUCAAGAAACAGAUAACCUAAUCUUUGUCUUUUUAAAGAUAAAGCUAUUGCAAAAGAAUAGCUUGGUAUAACUUGAUGGUGUGGAGGAGAGUUUUCAAAGAUAAAUGUAUGCAUUUUGAAAUACACCAUAGCCACUGCUAGUUAAUUAAAUUAGGGAAAAUCAAUUUUCUUGGUUUCAGUGUGGUGAGCCUUGUCUAGGGUUGGACACCCCCCACUUACAUCCCCCUACCCCCCCCCCGCAAAAACAAAAAUACAAAAAACAAACAAACAAAAAAAAACAAAAAAACCUUCGUCGGUUUUGCUCCCUCUCAGACCGCCUGGAAUGAUUAAAAGGCUUUUGUUUAUAACAGAUCAGGGCGCGGCCAACUUAACCAAAUGUCUCUCGGAAAAAAAUAAGACGAAUGGGGGACUGGGAGAAUCGUUCUGGUUUAGGGAGCCCGGGGCCGUGCCUGGCGUGCGCGGCUACCAGUGGCGACCGGGUGGCGCCGGCAGGACUGUGAGUUGUUGUGCCCAGGCCAGGCUGGGCUGAUGCGGCCACGGGAGGCAGCAGGCACUGGGGGAAACGUUUAUACUUCAAGGCGUUGUGGAACGGGGAAUGUAUUUGAAGCAAACGGGCUUUGCGUUUGACAGAACACGCCACCCUUUCAAACUGCACGCCGGUCUUGAGCAGAGUUGAAUUUUGACUCUCAAAAGCAGUGCAUUCGUUGUCUGCCCUCCCUCCUCCAGCAAAGCCCCUGACCUUGGAGAGGGCCUGUGUCCCCGUCCGGAGUUCACAAGAGAGGAGACAGGGCUGCCGGACAUUGGCCUCUCUAAGGGAGGAUGACUGCCCCCUUUCCCUCUCCGAAGUUCAUUGUGAAGAGCCUGCAACCCCCAGAAUUAGCGCCAGCCUUGUUGACCCUCCAAGCCCUGGACCAAAGGCCCUAGGGCCUGCCGCUCGCCCUUCUCCCGGAGCUGGCCUCAGCUUUGGUGGGGUGGCUGGGGCGCCAGUGAGCCCCCCGGCGAGGCUCCAACGAGUGGUGUGGGUGUUCCCCGCGGGCAACCUUGGCUCCACUAGUCUGACCGCCGGUCCAGCUUGGCCAUAGUGAGGCAACCUUUCCCGAGGCUGAACGGGGUCCUCGGUCUACGUGGAGUGAGAACUGCCCUCCCUAAAUGUCAUUGUGUUCCUCCCAAGGCGGCCCCAGCGGCUGCACAUCUGGCUGUGCGGGGGCCCCUUGUACUUGGCUGGCAGCCGCCUGCGAAACACCGCUUCUCAGCGGUCUGCAGUUCCUUUCCUCCCUGCGCCCAAGAUGGGCCUGACAAGGGCCGGGAAUCAGACCAGGACCUCUGGGGGCUGAAGAUCUCUCCCCACUCCCAUCUUUCAGAGUGUGUGGGGCUUGCGGAGAGUGGCCUUGGAUCCUGAGGCGCCAAGGUCUCAGACUCUGAAGUGGAAGGGGAAUGCGCGAAGUAGGAGUCUUUUGUGUCUGUGAAGAAAGAGGCUCUCCGGCCGCCGGCCCUUGUUGCACGUCUCGAUAGACCCCUUAUUGCAUUGGUGGUAGACUCCUCAUUUGCCCACUAGAUUUCCUUUCACCUUGGCUUGGAGGUGCACAGUGCAACCCGGAGCAGAGCCCUGGGAAGACAGCUUUUCAUUGACUCCAUCCGCUCUGUCCCCAAAGAGUGACACAGCCCAGAGGUGGCUCGGGACCCUAAUCCGGGGUGACCCUAAGAGCCCACAGGUCCACUCAGGCCCAGGGCUUCAACUUUUCUUCCAGGAGACAAGAGUGCAGAUGCAAGUCACUUUUUGAUUACAAAUGCUAAUUUCUUGCUCAAGUUAUUCUUUUAAUUUUUCCCUGGAAAGAACUGUGGCAGGAAGACGGGCGUCUUGGUACAAAUAUGGGUAUUCAUCUCCUUUAUGGUGCAAUAUUGAUUUAUUAUUAAUGGUAACUGCUCCAACUGAUCUAAAGAUGAUCAAAACCAUCAGCUACGUUAAAUACUCAUAAGCAAAAUAAAGGCUGGCCUUUAGAGCACUGCCUUUUUAUUCCAUUUGUCUCAUCUCAGCCUUAGAGUCUUAGGCACACUUUCCAUCCUUUGGGGCUCAGAUCAUUCUUUUGUAUUAUUUCUAUCUUGCUCGAUUUUUAAAUGAUAAAAUAUCUCAAAAUAUUGGCAGUCUCUAGUCUCAAGGAGAGGGUCUGAAGGCAGAAAUUUUAAAGAUAAAAAUAGAAUUUUUUUAGAACAGAUUCAGAACUACAUCUGAUAUACACAUUUUUGUCUGUGAGUAAAAACCUAUGUAACUCUAAUAUGGGAGUGACUUUGAGCUCAAAGUCACUGAAAGCUGAAAUGGAAAGGUCCCCAAAUUCUGAAGACACAUCCUGCCUAUUCACUGCAGACCUACCCGCCCGCAAGGAAUUGGUUGUUUUUAGCCUGUAUGUUUUCUUCAUGUAUAAAUAAAGAUUAUGAAAGGGCAUUUGAUGGGCAUAAAAUUCCCGAUUAGAUUAAGCAGUCUUGGCUUGCUUAGGGUAGGGAAAAUUGGGCAAACGAGUUCCCAGCAGCUCUCUUGGCCGAAAGGCAAAAGGGAGACACUCGAUACUGCUGGAGCGCCAAGCUGGUGUCAGGACGCCUGCGGCAAGCGAGUGCAGCGGGCACUGUAUCCAGCCUUGGGCACGCUUAGCCCUGGCUCGGAACAAGAUCUCUACUAUGUGAGAAAGCAAAUUUCAGGGCGCUGCUCAGUGGUUGUUAGCUUUGAACAGUACCUUAGCAACCUAGAGUCAAAAGUUACGGGUUUUUUUUUUUCCCCCCUGCAUCCUCAACCCCCACCCCCAAGCUCAAAAACAGCCACCCCUGUGGAAAGGUAAUGUUUAAACCUCAGGCUAUGCUGGGAUGCCGCAGCCAAAGCAGUUAGAGGCGCCAGGCUUUUAACCUGACAAUGAUGUUGUAUUUGAACAGCUGCAUAAAGGUUUAAAAGGUCUGUCUCAUUGCCACCGCGGAGUUUUUUAAAAGAGGUUAUUGUUUGGGCGAGAGCACUGAGAGGGAACAAGCGAAACGAUCCCAAGGCCGAAAAUAAUGUUCAACGCUUGUUUCCACCAGGACAGGGGAGAUUCCUUUUUGGGAAGAGGGACAAAGGGUUUGUUGGGAAAGGGUUUUGUAAAGGAGCGGGCGGGCUACUAGGUCCCCCAGAAUGCUGAGGCGCUUUAAUGAACAUCAGGCCCCAAAGAAACGUUCUGUUGAGGCGGAAACCCAAUUUACCCACAAGUUCAGUCUGUGGGCCUGAAAUCCAAGGCCAGCCCAUGCCCCAGCGAGUGUGGGGAAAAGAGAACACAAAUGCCCUCCCAGACUGAGAACUGGUUCACGGUCAGAGUUUCUGGGGCUGCUUUAGUUUCUCGGCUGGCAGGAAGGGAACCUGGUAGGCUGAAGGACGACUGCAAGCCCUGGCCAGCCCCUCACUCAGGGCAAGUCUUUGGAAAUCAAGGUUAAAGCUCCCCGCUGCUGCCCCGAGGCCCGGGCUUCCGCAGGGCGGCUCACCCGCCUGCAACCAGAGAGGGAGGGAGGAAGUUGUUGAAGUUUCUCAUAAAACUCUGAGUUUCCAUGGUGGUAGUGGUGGUAGUGGUGGUUCUUUAAUGAGCUGGACCACAACAUCAGACCAUAUCCUCUUUAUAGAACUUUCCCUCACCAAAGGAAACAGAGAACUAAGAUUCCCACCGCCUUCCCCUCCCUUACCCAAGUAAAGCCUUGUCAAAUAAUUUUAGGAAUUGUCCAAAACUGUAAAACUCAACUUCUGACAAAAGUACAGCUUUUAAUAUUUGACAAUUUGUGUUAAAACAAAAAUUGACCUUCUUGGUUAGCAGCGAAGGGAAAAAAAUCAAUAGUAUAAUUUUCAAUAAUUCAUAAAGUGAACACCAUUAUGCUAAAUUUAACUAUUAAUCUUAUCCUUUACAAAGUCUCGAUUGAUUUGUUAAUAAAGUAUCUUCCCGUGUGUGGCAACAGCGGGCAUAACUCUUUAAAAACCUUCAGAAGCAAGAAAAUUACCAAGUAGCCCAAGAAUGUAGAUGAGAAUUUUAUUGAUCGCCCUGAUUCUUCUUAAUAUGUAUUAAUAAAUUCCACAACCUUUUGUACCUUGCACUUGUCAGAAACCAAUGCUUUUACAAAAUCCAUAAAAGGAAAACAUUUUUCUUUGCAGAAGAACCAAAUGACACCUUUGCAUUUCUCUCUGUCCUCCUUGGCCCAGUCAAUUUUCUAAAACUUCUGGAUUCUGAGGGUCAGACUUUCUCCUAUUCUUAAAUUUUUUUUCCUUUCCUCCUUCCUUUCUGCUCUCCAUUAUCAGGGUGUGGGGAGAGAAACCUCGAUUUAGUUCUCCUGCCGGGAGCCCGAGGGACGCUUUCGCGGAUAGUGAACUGUUAGCAAAGAAUUGUCUCUGGGCUGAAAGCUCCCAGAUGUCCGACCCCGCAGAGGUCAGGGUGUGGUUCCUCUGAGAGCCGAAGGCUCGUGUAGCCCGCUGGGGCGCAUAGGGACCGGGAGCCAGGCAGGAGGACCGAGGGGGAGGACAACGCCGGGACCCGACCCAUCCAUGGGGAUCUGGGCCCGGCCAGCUGCUUGACCUCCCGGCCCUCUCGGCCCUUUUUUGCCUCCACCCUCCGAGAGACACCUUGGCCGCUUGUUUGCCCCGAGGGGUUUUUCCUUUGGACCCCUGAGGUGGGAUGUCUCAGGACCCGCGGAAUCCGACUCACCUUCCCCGCUGGGCUGCCCGGAACUAAAUUAACCAGCCUGCGCCCCCACCCGCUUGUCCUGGACCCGGCCCUCUUAAGCGCGUUCUGCCUGGGUGUGUGGGGGGGGGAUGCUUCUGUGCGCUGGCGCCAGGGCACUCUGGCUUCCCUCCCCGUCCGUGUGUGUCCACUUGGAGGCCCCUAGAGCUGAGCCUUUCCUUCCGCCAGUUGGGUCCAGUGGCCGAAGCGGGGGACGCGAGUGGGGCGGGCUGGCCUGGCGUGCCCUGGAGAGGCGGACUGGAGGGCGGCGGAGAGCGCUGGGCCGGUUGUCUCCAGCGCGCACUAUCGCGGGCGCGUAGUAGAUGUCGCUGUUGUCCGUGCUUACGCGGCUGGCCAGCCAGGCUCUGGAGCACGUGACCUGAGAGGAGGCUGCGGCUCAAGGCCAUUUUCAAAUCUCAUUGGCUUGGUUGUCAUGUGGUCGGCAGAGGCAUCCACAAUUACACGGGGAAUGUUUUCCUAGAGAUGUCAGCCUACAAAGGACACAAUCUCUCUUCUUCAAAUUCUUCCCCAAAAUGUCCUUUCCCAACAGCUCUCCUGCUGCUAAUACUUUUUUAGUAGAUUCCUUGAUCAGUGCCUGCAGGAGUGACAGUUUUUAUUCGAGCAGCGCCAGCAUGUACAUGCCACCACCUAGCGCAGACAUGGGGACCUAUGGAAUGCAAACCUGUGGACUGCUCCCGUCUCUGGCCAAAAGAGAAGUGAACCACCAAAAUAUGGGUAUGAAUGUGCAUCCUUAUAUACCUCAAGUAGACAGUUGGACAGAUCCGAACAGAUCUUGUCGAAUAGAGCAACCUGUUACACAGCAAGUCCCCACUUGCUCCUUCACCACCAACAUUAAGGAAGAAUCCAAUUGCUGCAUGUAUUCUGAUAAGCGCAACAAACUCAUUUCGGCCGAGGUCCCUUCGUACCAGAGGCUGGUCCCUGAGUCUUGUCCCGUUGAGAACCCUGAGGUUCCCGUCCCUGGAUAUUUUAGACUGAGUCAGACCUACGCCACCGGGAAAACCCAAGAGUACAAUAACAGCCCCGAAGGCAGCUCCACUGUCAUGCUCCAGCUCAACCCUCGUGGCGCGGCCAAGCCACAGCUCUCCGCUGCCCAGCUGCAGAUGGAAAAGAAGAUGAACGAGCCCGCGAGCGGCCAGGAGCCCACCAAAGUCUCCCAGGUGGAGAGCCCCGAGGCCAAAGGCGGCCUUCCCGAAGAGAGGAGCUGCCUGGCUGAGGUCUCCGUGUCCAGUCCCGAAGUGCAGGAGAAGGAAAGCAAAGAGGAAAUCAAGUCUGAUACACCAACCAGCAAUUGGCUCACUGCAAAGAGUGGCAGAAAGAAGAGGUGCCCUUACACUAAGCACCAAACGCUGGAAUUAGAAAAAGAGUUCUUGUUCAAUAUGUACCUCACCCGCGAGCGCCGCCUAGAGAUCAGUAAGAGCGUUAACCUCACCGACAGGCAGGUCAAGAUUUGGUUUCAAAACCGCCGAAUGAAACUCAAGAAGAUGAGCCGAGAGAACCGGAUCCGAGAACUGACCGCCAACCUCACGUUUUCUUAGGUCUGAGGCCGGUCAGAGGCCAGGAUUGGAGAGGGGGCACCGCGUUCCAGGGCCCAGUGCUGGAGGACUGGGAAAGCGGAAACAAAACCUUCACCGCUCUUUGUUUUUUGUUUUGUUGUAUUUUGUUUUCCUGCUAGAAUGUGACUUUGGGGUCAUUAUGUUCGUGCUGCAAGUGAUCUGUAAUCCCUAUGAGUAUAUAUAUAUAUAUACACAUAUAUAUAUUAAAAAACUUAGCACGUGUAAUUUAUUAUUUUUUUCAUCGUAAUGCAGGGUAACUAUUAUUGCGCAUUUUCAUUUGGGUCUUAACUUAUUGAAACUGUAGAGCAUCCAUCCAUCCAUCCAGCAAUGUGACUUUUUCAUGUCUUUCCUAACACAAAAGGUCUAUGUGUGUGGUUAGUCCACGAACUCAUGGCAUUUUGAAUACAUCCAGUACUUUAAAAAUGACAUAUAUAUUUAAAAAAAAAAAAGAUUAAGAAAACCCACAAGCUUGGAGGGAGGGGGACUUAAAAAGCACAUUACAAUGUAUCUUUUCACAAAUGAAUUUAGCAAUUGUCCUUGGUGAGAUGGGAUAUUGAUGAUUUAUGCCUUGUAGCCUUUCCCUUGUGGUGCAUCUGUGGUUUGGUAGAAGUACAACAGCAACCUGUCCUUUCUGUGCAUGUUCUGGUCGCAUGUAUAAUGCAAUAAACUCUGGAAACGAGCUC